AUGACUACAACUACCACCCAAACAUUCUCCCCCACUAUCAAAGUUACAGGGGAGAUUCUCAAUACUCUAUCCCCAGAUUUACCUCUCGAUCUGUCCAAAUAUCCCAAACUCUCUCCACAGCAGGUAGGUCAUCUUCGGCACUUCUACAAUCUUGCAUUCCAACAAGAUGGAGAAUGGCGUCAUAUGGGCGUUCUUGAGCCCGGGCAAGAGUUCCUCGAUGCCUACCGUUAUCAGUUGGCCAAUAUGAGCUACGCUGCUGGCCUUGCUCACUACCACCAUCUGCCUGCCUUGCGCACCAUUUUCAAACCGUUGAUCCGGCAACUAAUUCAUAAAAUGCUCCGUCGUGACGUCUGGGGCUAUUGGUUCAACACCUCCCUCGGUGGCAUCCUCACCGAUCCAUCAUUGACUGAGCUGCGCAAGCCCUGGCCCGAUCCAGUUGUCAAGGAGAACAUCAUGUACAGUGGCCAUUUAUUACUCAUGACCAGCCUUUACGGCAUGCUUUUCGACGACGAUGAAUUUGAGCAGGAUGCCUCCAUUGUCUUCAGGUGGGAUCCCAUGUUCUGGGGCUUGGGAUUGGAAGAGUUUAAAUAUAGCAACCGGACCUUGCAAAAGGCCAUUCUCGACGAGAUGGAGCGCAACAACUGGGUUGGUGUCUGUUGUGAGCCAAACGUGGUCUUCAUAGUGUGUAAUCAAUUUCCGCUUAUCGCCAUGCGAUACAACGACGUUCGAGAUGGCACGAACGCAAUGGACGAGAUCCUCCCAAAAUACCAAGCAGCAUGGGCGAAAAAGCGUGGUAUGGUUGGUGACUCUAACCUUUUUAACGACUGGUGGAUGGUCAAGCAGGACUUCGUUGUCCCAGCCCGAGAUUUGGCAUUCACGGCAUGGGGCGGUGCAUUUCUACACAGCUGGAAUCCAAGCGUGGUGGAGAGUCUGUACGAAAAACAAGCAUUCGGCUUCAUCACACACUCCGCCACAGGAGAGACCAAUUUACAACCACCCAUCGUUGCAAAUCACGUCAGGACCAUUUCGGCAGAAGAACCCUCACUAUCAGAAGCGGAACUCCUGCGGAAGGCCGUCUCGAAAGCGAAGGAGGAGAUAGCAGCAUCCAAAAAGCCUCCUUUCCCAUACACAAAGCCCUCGUUCGGCUACGUGACCCAAUGGCUGUCCGAGCUUGGUAAGAAGUCCGAGCUUGACGGCCUACUAGCGUACGCCGACACCCACCUGAGCCCCGAGUGGGAGGACGGUGGUCUGUACUAUCGCCGCAACGAUAAUGCCUUCGAGUUCAGCGACGAUGGUCAAGACACGGUCAAAUGGACUUUCAUGUCACCCUACACAGGGAACACGGCACUUGGGUACGCGCGCCUCAACGUGAAGGACGGCCAGCGCAUCAUGUACGAACGGCCCUGGACCGCCGCGCAACUCCAGACGACGCCGUAUAUCGACAACCUGCACUUCGUGGGGGAGAAGAAAGGCGUCAGUGUCCUGCGAGGCAAGUGGGAUCCAGAGGUAUCUGCCCUGAUCCUGACCGUUCGCGGCUGGGACUACGUCGGCAAAGGCUGCGAAGAGCAAGUCACUGUCAAUCCCGUAGCGAGAAACCUCGAGCCGGGGAGAUGGGCGCUGUAUGUCCAAAGUAAACUGGUGAUCGCGAGGGAUGUAUUGAAGAAAGACGACGGCUUCGAGGCCGCAGUGUCGGUCCGCAAGGGCGAGGAGGUCGAUGUAGUGUUCCUGCAGGUUUAA